AUGGAAGUGAAGAUCCAAGGAAGUGUUUCGAAUGUCGAAAAAGCUAAAAUGGAAAUCAAGCGUUUCUUACGAGAAUGGUUGGAUGCAGACAUUAGUCAGAUUUUAAUUCUACAGCCACCAAAUUAUCAACCAGGAACAUUGAAAGCUCUUUUGGCUCAAAAUAGUUAUGAUCUUCAUUCACUGGAAAAGCAGUUCGGUUGUGGCUUACAUUUAGAUGCUAACAUUGCCAAGCGCGAGCUAUUAUUUGUUGGCAAACAAGCGCAAUUCCAAGAGCUUUUAAAGAUGUUGCGUUCUAUUUCUGACAGCAUUCAGUCGGGAGAUUCUUCAGUAACUACUUCCGGUAAAAUUGGGGUACCAGAAUGUGUUGUUUGCCUUUGUGCUGCAGAUUUGGAAAACUAUUGUCUGGAAGCAUGUGGACAUUAUGCCUGCAAAUCGUGUUUAAAUAUGCAAUUUGUUAUAACUUUUCAACCAGUGUGA